AUGUUGUAUGAGCAUACUACUGACAUCGGGAGCUCCCGUGGUGCUGCGGCGCGGUACCUCAUAGCGUCUGCGACGAAGAGUUCCCUCCAGACAACGCUGCAGGCUCUAGAAAAGAUAGCCGGGCAGUCUGUAGAGUUGUAUAGGUUUGUUGUGUCUGCAGCUGUCUCUUCUAUAUGGACGCCCCCGCAGACAGAGGAAAAAAAUCUCCUUGUCUCUAAACUUGUGUCGACGGCCCUUGAAAAGAGUAACGCGCUUACGCUUGUGUCGGCGGCUGUUGAUGAGUCGCCGGUGACUGUAACGAAGGAGUCUCUGGUGACCCUCAUGACGCGGGACUUGAAGCUCACGCCCCCGCAGCAGCUGCAGUUUGCGAUGGGUCUUCUGGCAGGCAGCAAAAAGGGAAAGGAGGCGGCUGCGGAGUUCCUCAAUGGCAUCAGUGUGGCGCAAUACACAGUGAAGGAGGACGUCGCAAGUCUUUGGUCCUACAGUGUCCUCGCACGACAACUGGGUGAUGUGCAAGCUUUGGAGACUCAACUCUCUGCCGCAGCCGCAGGUGCCGCAGGUGGCGCAAAUGACAGGGUUACAGUAUUGCCACAUGAUGGUGUUGUCGAUAUGCAUGUCAGCCUGUCAAGGAUCAUUGAUGAAUUAGGCACGGCUUGUGUGGCGACGCCGGCAGACUGUCGUGAGUUGCUCAGCUUGUUCCCCCGUCCCGUCACCCAAGUCGAUGUGGCGGAUGUGGUUGGUUUCUUCGCCUCGCAAGGGAGUGCGCCAACGGACACGAACACGUAUAACGCUCUCAUGGCUUCAGCCGGGCGUGAACCAACAAAGGUACAGCAAAACGCUGCCAUUUCACCGUUUCCACUUUUGGAGUUACUUCAGGAGAGAGUGCAGGAGCCGGUGGAUUGGGAUACCGUCCUUCGUAUGCUUGAUAAGAGUAACGAGGGACCGUUCGUGCGGAAGCAUGUGUCCAUCGUGUUUGAUGCGUAUUGUAAGUUCAAGGGUACCGGCACACCCGGUGUGUAUCCCCCGAUUACCAUAUUCCUCGGGAGAUGGAGCAACGUCGGCCGGCAGCGCACCGUGUUAGAAUAUAUACUUAAGCACCCAGAGAAAGUUUCGAUGCAGGGGCUGUCGUGCGACCAAAUGGCACCAAUCGAGCUGGUAGAAGUGGACGCUGCGGAUGCGGCUUCAAGUCCCACGACUUCCGGUGCCAGUGCGUCACCGUCGACAGUUCCGGAAAGCCGCGCGGGAGAAGUAGAGUUGUGGCGCUAUUUCCCUUUCCUCGAAGCAGCUGUACACGUUGCAAGCCGCGACGGUGCCUUUGAUGCCGAGACGUUGCGGCCGGCGGCGCUGCGCUAUCCACUUCUCAUGCUGUAUUCCUUGCUCUUUGGCUCGUUCCCAGGUACGAUGAAAAACUUCAGCACCGCGAAACUGAUUUUGAGGGACUCUCGGCUUCCGCUUGAACGCGUUGCAACUACCAUCAUCCCCGAGGCAGAAAGGCGCGGAAAGUUGAACACCGUCAUUUCUCUACUGUCUGAGCUAACUAUUGUGGUCCCGAGUCGUACAAUUGACGUAAUGGAGGCAGUGCUUAAGACAAAGAACGCUGUUAGGGCGUUCCUUGCGGUUGGUGGCAACCCGCGGUUGGUUACUGCUAUUGCAAUGUGCAUGGAUGAGUCCAAUGAGGGAGGCGGCGGCGGAGCCAACUGCGGUGUGAGUGGUGGUGCUGGUGACUCUUGGAUUAGUAAGGCACUUGAGGGAAAGUUGCACUUUCGGGCUCACGCCGCAGAAAACCGCUUUGCAGUGGCCACGUCUAUUGUUGAGGUAGCGGAGCAGCUGCUGGAUAAACAGAAGUACGUCCCAAAGGCUACUGCCGCACUCAACACUUUCCUUGCUUCUUCACUGAAGGAUCUGCUCCGUGACGUUGCCGAACAAGCGCGUAUACUCUUGGCAUCAACUGAUUCUCUUUUCCCCACUGACGUGGAGAACGAUGCAACGGAGUUUUACAGGCGUAUGUACAAGGCGGGCGACCCGACCAUCUCAGCAUCACUCGCUUUCAUUGAGCAGCUUUUGAAAAGUAGCAAGAGUCGUGAUAAGCAGCUCUGUGCGUGCAUCGUGAGCAUCAUGUUUGAAGAGUGCAACGCUAUUGGUUGCUAUCCCCACAAGGAACUACAACUGUUCGCCACACUUUACGGUCAGAUGAUAGCACGGGAGUUGCUUCCGCCGAACCAACAACAACGCGCGUGGACCCUCCUGUUACCGGUUAUUGUAAAGCCCACUGACCACCUGGUGGAGGAGUAUGGAAUCAUAGCGUUGGAACAAAUCAAACCUAGGCUGGCAGAGUGGCCGCAGUACGGGCGUGCUCUGCGUCAUGUGAAGGACCUCGACAUAAGAAUACCUGGCAUCAUGGCCGCCAUUAACCGGGGUAUCAAGGCAGAGGAGGCGGCUCGCCAGUCGCAGAGCCGUGCACAGAAUCAAGAGAAGACGACACAACAACAGAAGGAAGUGGAAUCGUUGCUCUCUGACCCGGCGGUCCUGGCUCUCAGCACGGAACGUCGCGACAAUAUGUUGGCAGCGGAGCAGCAGAAGGAUCGCGUGGCUGCAGCAACGUUGCAUCAGCACGACAUAGGGACGCUGCUGUCGAAGAAGAAUAUUACAGCACCGCCGCGUGUUAUCCAGGAGCAGAUCAACUUCAUAAUUGGUAACACGGAUUUGCACAACGUUGAAAAUAAUGCCCGUGAGUUAGCGAAACAGCUACGUCCGGAGUACUACGAGUUCUUUGCUGAGUAUUUCGUGGUGAAACGUGCGGCGUUGGAGCCGAAUUAUCAUCCUACUUACCUGAACCUCCUCAACAACCUGCAGUCGAAGCAGUUGGAGAAGGCGAUACGCAGCGCUACCGUUUCUUCCAUCAAGCUGCUGCUUAGCAGUGACAAGAUACGCGCCGAUCCUGGGGAGCGCUCACUGCUCAAGAAUCUUGGCUAUUGGCUUGGGCUCCUAACCCUAGCCAAGAACAUUCCCAUUACGGCUCAGGAACUAUGCUUCAAGGAUUUGAUUAUCCUCGGGUUGCGCGAGGGAAAACUUAUGGCAGUAGUUUCAUGUAUUGCAAGAGUGUUGCAUCAUUGCAUGGACUCACGCUUCUUCUGCCCACCCAAUCCGUGGACGAUGCGGCAAUUAUGUCUCCUGUGGGAAAUGUAUAACCUCAGAAACCUGCGGGUGACACUCAGGUUUGAGGUGGAUCUUCUUUGCAAACACAUGAAUGUGAAACUGGAGGAAAUCGAGCAGUACUACAACAUGCAUCCCAUCCACUCCAGCACACAGUUGUGCAUAUCUGAUGUGUAUAGAGAAAUAAACAUUCACCAGAGUGCCGACUUCCGUGUGGAUAAGAUGGAACUCCAGGAUGUCGUUCAACAACCGCAUAAGCAAGUUCAACAACCACAACAGGCAGCGCAGCCGCAAUUGCAAACCCAGGCUGCCCGUGCCAACCGCCCUCUUCAGGCCAACGCGGAGCCCUUUAAGCCAAAGGAUUCUAUGGUUCCGUCGGGUGGAGCACUUGCUUUUGAGGCUGUGGGCCCGCGUAGGCCUCCCAUCGUUAUCACACCUGAAACGGUGCGGGUAAGUGAGGAAGAGGCGAGCCUUUUUGGCGAACGGCUUGCUGUGUACAAGGGAUACCUGGCCAAAACGCUUGAAAGGGUUACGCAGGAACUCAAGCCGACGGUGCAGCGUUCCGGCACAAUUGCCGCUGUAACAGCCUGCCACAUUACCACUAAGGACUUUCUUUUCGACCGCGACAUUAAGGCGCAACUCCGGGCAGCGGAUGCGAUGGCUCGUUCUCUGGCUUCCAACUUGUGCACAGUGGCCAUCCGUGACGCACUUCCAGAGCCAUUUAACGUGCAGGUUGGUGAUCUCAUCAGCCGUUUGAUUGAUGUUAACGUGCCCAGCUACACGGAGCGCCGUGAGCGGCUGAAAGGGCUAAUCCGUGAAAAUAACAUGGAUUUGUGUGUACGUGCGCUUGAAUGGCAGGCGGCAGAGGAAGGAGCGAAGCGCCUGCAUGAGAAGUUAGACAAGAUUAUCAAGGAAAAGAUUGAUCAAAUUACCGCCCGUGAACCCCCACGAGCCCCAAAGGAGUAUCACGAUGUGCGGGAUCUGUUGAUGCAUAUGGGUGAGGUGUUGCGACCGCCUCACAAUUUGCCACCGCUGCAGCGGGCAGUCUAUGAGGAAUUCAACAACAGUGUGCCCGUUGUUGGGCUGCUUACUGCGUAUGUGCGUACGUUGGAGGACGCCACAGUCCAACACUACUCUACGGGCGACGCUAAGGUGCUAUCGCUGACAAGCCCCGAGUUUGCGAACGGACACUUUGGCGAAAGCCACGAUGUUAUCCGCACUCGGGUAAUCGGUAUUUCAAACAUCAUCAAUGCCGAAACAGCCAUCUACUGCGUCGGCCCAAUGCUUCGCAAGUUGUUUGUGCUUGCAGGUGCGAUGAAGCGUGCCGAUAGUGGGACAGCCGCAAGCAAUGACCUCACUACUGCUCGUCACAGAAAUGUCUGCAACCUGCUCAACGAGGUCUACCUCUUUGUAUUGCAAACGUGUUAUGAGCGCGGGGGAGAUAUUAUUCGCGAAGAAUUGACGCAGUUGUAUUUGCAGGCGGAGCAGCGCUGGAGCUACACGGACCUUGCGGUUAAUCUCUUGCGUAUUAAGGUGCUCAACGUCUCCAGAUUCGACGCGGCGCUCUCUAAGGCACUGUUGGCUGAGGGGAUGGGGCGGCAAGGUGUAGUAGACUUCGCUGGCGCAACAUUAUCCAGGGUAAUCGUGAAUGAGAAGCUCCUUAGUGCAAAGGAAUUGAGGGACACAGUGUCCCAGCUAGAGAGCAUUGCCAGUAAACAGGACAACCAAACGCCCCGCCAGCAGCAGAAUCAGCCCAAGCAGCAGCGGCACCAGCCACAGUCCCAGCAACUUCCUGCGAGUGGACAGGAUUCGGGAGCAAUGGGUGGGGCUCAGAUGGCGCCGGGAGGCGCAGCACCAACCAACGCCAUGCGAGCUUCCCCUGCGCUCUCCAACUUGGUAGAGCAGCAUGUACGGCGGCUUGUUGUGCCUACGCUUGCACCCCAAAAUCAAGAAGAUGCAGAGAAAAUUCGAGGAUUGUUUGAAGAGUGGUUGAUUGUUAACGCACGGAGAAUGCACAGCUCGUCCAGCGAGUCUAACCAGGCCAGUGGUGCCGCGACCAAUGCUCCGUCACAGGAGGGCGCAACAGCACCGACUACAUCGUCCCCCGCUUCUGCCACCGCUGCUCCUACGUCUACAACAUCAGCGGCGUUACCGGGUAACAAACCACCACCACAGUAUGAGUACAUGAUGAAGUUACGAGACAACAAGCAGCUUGACGGCCCGCAACUUAGGACGUUCCUCACUACGUCACUACGCUUCUGUGUUGAACACUACGCCACCAAGUCGUUGGAGUUGGAGCGCUCCAACCCGGCGGUACUCGGCCGUGCUUUGACCGCUGAAUGGAAGCCAGGCAACGCUCCACCCCAUCGUUACCAGUACGAUGACGGGCUUUUCACACAUGUGGAUGCCUUGUCUGACCUAGUGACAGUGUUGUUAUAUUACUGCUCGUUGAAGAACGAGUCGCGGACACUUCUUACGUUACUCAGGCGGGUUCUGGAUGCGUUCCAAUGGGCGCUCAUAGAUAAUCAUCAGGCGGUCGUUGUACGUUUACAACAGGCUCAGAACCCCAAUCACCUUGGAAAUGCAAAGUCUGAGCUUCCCGCUGGCACCGCCUACGCACCGAUGUUCCAACAACAACCCUACGUGCGCUUCUUCAGUAAUCUCUUUACCACGCUCGUGCGUGCGGAUUCGCCAAAGCGUGAGACGAUGGAGCAAAUCACAAGUGCUUUUGCUGAUACUCUUCAUAACCUCCCGCCACUCAAAUAUCCUGCGUUCACUUUUGGAUGGCUGGAGCUUGUGAGUCACCGUAUAUUCCUCAACCGCUGUCUACGUUCGCCUGUGCCCUGGCCCUCCUAUGUUGCGCUGUUAGUUCAGGGGCUCGAGUUUAUUGAGCGCUUCACGCGUGAAGGAAAUAUUUCCAAAAACGUACUCGUGUUCUACAAGGCGUUCUUCAAGCUGAUGUUGGUACUCACACACGACUACUCACGCUUUCUUAUUACGUAUCACUACCAGUUGUGUGACGCCAUCCCACCGUACUGUGUGCAGUUGCUAAACACUGUUUUGUGCUCCUUCCCGUCGGGUGUGAAGUUACCGGAGUUCUUUGCGCGUGUGCCAGACGAUGGCUCGGAGAUGCGGAAGCACCCUGCGACCGACAAUCAAGUAAAGUGUAUUGAGGAGAGUUUCAAACAGCACCACUUCGAUGGAAACGCUUUGUCCGAGAAAUUGCAGGAUGACCGACCAAUGUCCGAGUCUUACAUGCAAAGUAUUGUGGAGAAGUUGCAGUCGUUGCACAACUGGCGGCUGAUGAAUGCCAUCGUACUGCACGUUUGCAUUGUGUACUUGCAGGUAAACGAUCAUGCUGUGAAGCCCAACUUUCCUGAAUCCAACGCUAUGCGUUUCUACCGCCACCUUGCGGGCUCAUUGGACCACGAACACCGCUAUUACUUUAUCUGUUCCUGCGCUAACCAUCUGCGUUACCCGAACUGUCAAACGAACUUCUUCGUGAAGGUUAUAUCCAACCUCUUCCUUCCCCACCGAUCCAUUCGCAACGCCGUGGUUCAGCAGUGCAUCCAAGAGCAAAUCACUCGUGUGGCGGUGGAAAAAACACUCAUCAUUCAACCGCAUCCGUGGGGAGUACUCAGUACAUUCAUGGAGCUCAUGAGGGCCCCAGAGUAUGGUUUCUGGGAGAAGAGUUUUAUAUGCAGUACAUCUUUCUUAGAGAGUAUGUUCACAAAACUGCGACGCUCAGUGGAGUCCCGAAACGCCCAGCAACAGGUGCAGCAAUCGACCGGAUCUGCUUCCACCUCCGCAACUCAAGGCAAGAAGUAG